AUGAAAACCAAUCAAACGGACAAGCUCUUGAAUCAAAUUGAUAUAGAAAAAUGGCGCAACUACUAUGCAGAAUUACUAACAGAAAACCGACCAGAAUUCCAAUCUGCAGAAGAGGAAGACAACCUUGCGGGCACUUUAACGAUCAGCGAAAGAGAAGUACAUCUAAGUCUCGAAAAAAUGAAAAAUGGACGGUCACCAGGUCCUGGUAACAUUGCAGUAGAAUUGUUAAAGUGUGGGACCGAGAAAUUGCGCUGGCGCCUGGCAGAGCUGUUCAACCAGUGCUGUAUGCAAAAUAAACUACCCCAAAAAUGGAGAGUGGCUCAAAUAGUGUCUAUCUUUAAAAAGGGAAAUCGCAACGACCCCGGUUGUUAUAGAGGCCUGAGCAUUAACAGUUCAGUGAGCAGGCUUUUUGGAAAAGUUCUGCAGGUUGAAGUAGCCCUUAGGGAAUGGAAGAGGAGAUGCCAAGGCAUGGGAAUACCCAUUGGGGAAGAUACACUGUUUACUCUGAGCUUUGCAGACGAUCAGGUCGUGAUUGCGCAGGACUCUUUCGAUCUGGAGUUCAUGACUAAGAGGCUUUACCAAGAAUAUAACAAAUGGGGACUUCAGGGAAUCCAAGUCCCGGGACCAAAAAUGCUUUCGGGACUUCGGGACCAAAUAUCAGGUUUGGUUUGGGUUGGUUUGGACGAAACCGGUCCCGAAACUGGUCCCGAAACUAAAAUACACAGUAUCCACCGGCAACUGAAAAAGCUCUCUCCGAUUGGACGCUGGUGGGUGGAAUGGUCAGUAAAUGCUUUAAAUAAUAAAAUUACUCCGGCAAUAUUUUAUGCCGUUUCAUCCUCGAUACUAGUAUGGAGCGAUGAUCAUGAGGCGCAUUUUUUCUUGUUCGAUGGUAGCGAGACGGGUUAUAAAUAA